UUACUACCUGAGCCAGCACCUUUCUAUGUGAGGCUGAGAGCUUGAAAACUGCUUUUUGGGGCUCUGUCCCCACAUAGGGUUUCACAGACUCAUCCUUUAUUGGUGAAUUUAAAACACGAGAGCAGUAAUUUAAAGUGUGAAGGAUAAAAGUGGUCCAAAUCGUCAGUUAUCAAAAUCAACCAGCAUCUCUAAAACAGGGGAGCCUCAGGGGGGAAGAUCGCCUGGCACUUUAUCUAGUCAGCAGCCUGGCCUGUUGUGGAAGUGGUUGCCUCCAGAAGCCAAACUUAAGUCCGGCACUCACAUUACAAAAAAGAGAAAACCCAGUGUCAGGGCUUAUACUGCACUGGCCCUGCCCCUUCCCUUGACCUUCUCCCUGGGCCCUCCCUCAGCAUGCUCAGCCCCCCCUUCAAGGUCCCCAGCUGGGGCAGGCUGGGCGCCUAUAAGGGAGGGGUGCAGUAGAGGCCCCUGGCUCCUCCUGCCACCAUGGACCCCCGUCUGCUUCCCUGGGCACUAGUGCUGCUGGGCCCUGCCCUGGCACUGGCGCUGGCCCACGCACCUGCCCCGGAGGCGCGGGAGAAGCUGUGUGGCCACCACUUUGUCCGCGCACUGGUGCGCGUGUGCGGGGGCCCGCGCUGGUCCCUCGAGACCAGGAGGCCUGUGGCAGGCGGCGACCGUGAGCUGCUGCAAUGGCUGGAAGGACAACAUCUCCUCCAUGGGCUGGUGGCUGACAGGGACCCCAUGCUGGUACUUGCACCACAGCCCCGGGCCCAGGCCUCUCAACAUUACCACCACCGCCGGGCAGCUGCCACCAACCCUGCCCGCCACUGCUGCCUCAGCGGCUGCACUCGGCAAGAUCUGCUGACCCUCUGUCCCAAUUGAGCCCUCCUGGGGCAUGGCAUCGGGGGAGCUAGAGACCUAGGUCUGGUCUGGUGAGCUCUUGAAGCCACACAGCACCAUAAAGCCCCACAUCUGGGGGGUACAUUGUUGAUUACCUCCUGGGAUGGGGCACUCACCACCUCACCUUGGUCACCUAUUCUCUGUGGGGCUAACUGGGGAAUAAAACAUACCCAACCCUAGCUUGGAGGAGCGUUGGUUUUACGGAGAUGCCAGACACUAAGAGCCAAAUGUCCUCACCUCUGAGGAGCCCCAGGAGCUGCCCUCUCUGCAUUUGUUACACCCCCUCUCUCCAAUAGUAAAUAAAUAAAAUUCCUGCAGAAUUCAAAACAGCUUUUUGCAUUUUCUCAAGAAAAAGGGACAAGCCUGGGUCAGCACUCACGUGUGCUUGGCCCCUGGCAGCCAUGGACCCACUGACAUUUCCAGGAGCUUGGUAACAAUUUGAGAGUCAUCACAACACAAAGUGGGGAAACCAAAACCUAGGUAGAUGACUGCUUGCCAAGGUCAGACAGGGAAGGAGUGGCCAAGUGCAAGAUUUGAAUCCAGGUAUCUAUCAAGACCCACGGAGAGCUUUAAUGUCACUUAAGGCCCACUUAAUGGUGGACACACACAUGAAUGUCUGAAUCAGUCACAGUGCAUAUUAUUGAUCCAACUCUGACCAGUCUCACUCAUAUCCUGCCUUCAUCCUGAGACGGGGGUGUAUGAUAUGACCAGCUCGCUAUAAGGUGGGUCCGUAUUUGUUGACCCUUCCUAUGGGGCUGGGAGAAAGAGUACAGGGCAAAGUGUGCAGCACACAGUAGGUACACAAUAAAUAAAGAAGGGAGAGAAGGAGUCAGGACAGAAGACAGGGAACCACAGUCCUAGUAGGAGGAGGUGAACCAGGGAGGUGGGGGGAGGUUGGGAGCGGUUGGGAAGGAGUCUUGUUGGAAGCAGGAGGCUUAGACAGGCCCGGGUAGGAAUAGACUCACCCUGUGCCUCUCUCUCCUGAGCCUGCUGUCAAGCUGGCAGUGAGAAUCAGUCUUGGGCGAUUGGGAAUUCUGGCGGGUGUUUGAGCAGGGGUGGGGUGAGG